AUGCACGUGCACAAUGUAGGUGUUCACGGCAAUCUGUUGCAAAACAACACCCUGCGAUCCUGGGACUUCACACUGCAAACCAUCGAGCACAUGGCCAAAGACACGGGGCCGAGCACGGUGUGGACCGAAGUAACGGACGAGUUGCACGGCAUCUUUUCCACUAUCCGAAGCCAUCAGCUCGAGCACAUCAAGGUCCGUGUUAGAUUAUUCUUCGAUGACAACUUUCUCGCACAUAAGGAGUCCAGUCUCAUCCUGGAGAAGCUCGAUCUGCGGGACCUGCACGAGGUCAUGAGUGGGCCAUACUUCGACACAUUGAAGGAUGUCGAGGUGGAAUUCUUUCGAGACGUCCAUCAUGAUGUGAAUGUGGACAUCCGUCAGAAGCUUAAACGCAUUUUCCGUGGCAUAUUACAGCCAUGGUCUGCCCGUGGCGUAGUCACCGUCACCUGGCCCUUCAGCAACCCCCAGGAGUCCCUAUGGCGGCAACGAUGCAUCGUCACCGCCCGUAUGGAGCGCGGGUCGAUGCGGGAUCGGAAUCCGUCGGUCACAAGCAGUCGUCUGGCACGCCCAACUUUGCUACGGUCGGUCCACCGAAUUGCUAGUACGAAACACGGUUACGGUGCAACUGCCCUCCCCUCAACAAGUCGUAUCCAAGUUCACUCUGCGUGGGAACAGGUCAGCCCGGUGGGGCGCCUGCGUUCUGUCACUGUGCGAUGGGUUCGUUCAAGGUUCGUUACUGGUAGUGCGACUUGAAGGAGUACGUUGGGAGUACAUGGACAGGAAUCGUUGCCUAUGACUUUAUAAAUCGUAUCUCGUCGCAUUCGAAUCUGGAAAACUGAGCGGGAAAUGUAGUGCGAUACGAGGGCUUGUUUCAGGAGAAGUCGGCGACAGUGAGGAUUACUAUCUGUUAUGUUCAACCUCCACUCCUGCUUGGUCGCGAAUAUUCAACUUUUUUCUUAGCCGGCACUUUUCCGCGCUCAGGCUGCAUUCGCUCGCUAUCUUGAUUUGCGGCCAGUGGCAUCUCGUGAUGUACCUUACGUGACAUAAGUAAUUGUUCCUUGC